AUGGCUGACGAAGCGAAGGAAGGCUUCCCAGCCUUGCCUUCACUCAUCGCAUUUGGUUCAUUGAACAUCUUGCCGGCCGAACAUCAACUGCAGGAGUUGCGAACAGUUCUGCAACAUCAGAUAUGGUUGAAGCCAGUCAGCGAGGCCAUCUACGACCUGCCAGUGCUCUGGAGGGCGUUGGCGGCCAAGGAGACACGUUUAGACACAGUCGUCGGAAAAUCUUGCGCGGACCAAUUAGCAGAAUGGCUAAGCGGCGGCGUUGUCAUCCAAGAGUCUUUCAGAAAGCAAAACGCAAUGACCAUGACCAUCACAGUCAUUUCCCAGGUAGUGCAAUACUUCACCUACCUUCAGCAAUCCGAUAGGCCUAUCGACCACUCCUCAGUCUUGAAGAGCGUUACUGCUGGCGGAGGGAUUCAAGGCUUUUGCGCCGGCUUGCUCACUGCUCUGGCAGUGGCCAGUGGGCAGACCGAGGGCGGAGUGGGGAAGUUUGCGGCGGUGUCGAUUCGUCUGGCCUUCUGCAUAGGUACCUACGUCGACCUUGAUCAAGGUUUGACCGGUGAAAGCUCGAAGUAUUCCACAUUAGCGGUAAGAUGCAAGGCUCCAGCAACUGUGGAAAGUAUCGAGCGGCUGUUGAACAUCCAUCCUAACACUUACAUAGCUGUCGACCGAGAUGUGAGAGAUGUCACCAUCACAGCCCCUACUUUGGAGACAGAAUCCCUGCUUUCAAAGUUAACCGGACAUGGGCUCUCUGUGCUUGAUACUGGCCUCAGUGGGCGCUACCAUUCAAUCACAAACAAAGACGUACCGGCAAAUAUUCUCGAUGUGAUCCAGAGGUACCUCACGGAAGGUUUUGGCAGCCGAGAUCUCGUCAGAUCCAACACUGAUGGUCAAGUUCUCUGCGACGAUAAUGUCGUCCUCACCAUUUUGAAGUCGAUUCUUGUAGACCGGGCGAAAUGGCAUUCCACCAUCUCGAUAGCUGCGGAUUCUCUGAGGUCGUUACACGGGAAGGCAUUCAUACUCGCAAUCGGCGCCGAUGCCAUUCCACCAUCGAUUGCACGGGCCUUUCCCGUGACCAAGAUCAGCCUGAGUUUGACACACAACAGCCUAGCUAGAGACAGCGACAUAUCUGCAGAACACCCAGUCAACAUACCAGAUCAGGAUGCCUAUCCCGAAAAUGCCAUCGCUGUCAUUGGAAUGUCCUGCAAGUUCCCAGGGGCUGAUUCGAUCGAUGAGUUUUGGGCUAUGCUCACAGAAGGAAAGUCUAUGCUAGCACAAAUCCCAUCACAGAGAUUCAAAGCUAAAGGUCUCCCCAGGGCCGGUGAUAACCUUCGGUUCUGGGGCAACUUCAUCAGCGACAUCGAAGCAUUUGACCACAAGUUUUUCAAAAAGUCUGCACGAGAAGCAGCAUCGAUGGAUCCUCAGCAACGUCUCCUGCUUCAACUCGCAUAUGAGGCUUUAGAGUCUUCCGGGUAUUUUGCGGACAGUUCGAGACCUCGCGAUAUUGGCUGUUACGUGGGUGCCUGUUCAACAGAUUAUGACAACAAUGUAGCAUCCCAUCCCCCGACUGCAUACGCCACCACUGGCACCCUCCGGGCAUUUCUGAGUGGGCGAAUUUCCCAUUACUUCGGGUGGUCUGGUCCGUCUCUGGUCUUUGAUACGGCAUGCUCAUCCUCUGCAGUGGCGAUUCACACUGCAUGCAAAGCCUUGCAGUCGGGCGAGUGCUCGCAGGCCCUAGCUGGCGGCGUCACUUUGAUGACGAGUCCGUACCUUUAUGAGAAUCUGUCCGCUGCUCAUUUUCUUAGCCCCAGCGGAGCCACGAAGCCUUUCGACGCAAAAGCAGACGGAUAUUGUCGAGGGGAGGGUGUCGGUUUGGUCGUCCUCAAGAAGCUUUCUGAUGCUCUGACUGACGGCGACGACAUUCUGGGUGUCAUUGCCGGCUCAGCCAUCAACCAAAACAAAAACUGUGUAUCCAUCACAGUGCCACAUUCAGACUCUCAAUCCGAACUGUACAAUCGUGUGGCAAAGCAGGCCGGAGUGGCCCCUCAAAAUGUCACUUUCGUGGAGGCCCAUGGAACCGGCACCCCAGUCGGCGAUCCCAUCGAGAUGGAAAGCAUAAGGCAAGUAUUUGGGCGCAACAGAAGAAGUUCUCCAUUAUUCGUCUCCUCGGUGAAGGGGAAUAUAGGCCACCUUGAGGGAGCAUCUGGCGUUGCCGGGCUCAUCAAAGCCAUCCUGCAAAUACAGUACCGAACGGCAUGCCUCCAGGCAUCAUUCCAGAGCCUGAGUCCGAAGAUACCGGCGCUAGAGCCUGACAAUCUGUGUAUCCCAACAUCAAACCGGACUUUGCCAAUAGACCGAUUGACCGCCUGUAUCAACAAUUAUGGCGCAGCUGGCAGCAACGCUGCAAUGAUACUUCUGGAGGGACCUCGCAAGGAAAACCCAGUCCAUGAUGUUGUUGAUUCCAGCAUCGGUUCGAUACUUCGAAGGUACCCUGUUCAGAUCACAGCUUCUUCCGUUGCCAGUCUACUCGCGUACUGCCGCGAACUAAACAAGUUCUGUGAGGAGAAGCUGUUGCCAUCGAGCGAGGCACAACUUCUUGCGGACCUGGCAUUUCGCCUGGCAAGGCGCCAGAACCAGGAGCUGGGAUAUAUGCUCAAUUUGACAGCGUCCACUAUCGGCGACCUGCAAAGCCAGCUCCAGAGACAGUCAGAAGGUUUUAAUACCAUUAUGCAGCGUCCGAAGGCGAAAGCCACGGUUCUUUGCUUUGGGGGGCAGGUCAGCGACUGCAUCGCUUUGAGCAAACGGAUCUGGGAACAAUCCGCGUUGCUGCGCUCUCACCUCAAUGCUUGUGACAACGCGCUCAGAUCCAUGGGUUACCCAGGUUUGUAUCCGGGCAUUUUCCAGCUCGAGGCAUUGACCGAUGUUGUUGCACUGCAUUCGGCGAUCUUUGCCCUACAAUACGCGAGUGCCCAGGCUUGGAUUGACUCCGGUCUGAAGGUCGAUGCUCUUGUUGGCCAUAGCAUCGGUCAGAUCACUGCUCUUUGCGUGUCAGGACAGCUGUCCCUCCGAGAUGGCCUGACGUUGAUCGCGGGGAGAGCCACGCUGAUGCGGAAUUACUGGGGUACCGAGUCCGGAACAAUGAUCGCCGUCGAAGCUGAUGAGCAGACCAUCGAAGAGCUCACACGCACUCUCACGUCAAUUGACCCUCUGUGCAAAUUCGAAAUCGCAUGUUAUAAUGGACCAACAUCUCAUGUCAUCGUCAGUGACAGGGCAUCAGCCGAUCGCCUUGAGGUUGAGCUUGCCCUGCGAAAGCUGAGACACAAGAGACUGAAGGUGCCGUACGGCUUCCAUUCCCGGUUCACGGACCCUUUGAUCCCGCAUCUCGAGGAGCUGGCUUCAAAGCUCAAAUUUCAAGAUGCCAAAAUCCAUUUGGAGACGUGUUCAAAGGAUGCCAGCUGGGUAAAGGCUACACCACAAGCAGUUGCUCAGCACACUCGCGAUCCGGUGUUCUUCGGUCAAGCUGUUCAGAGAUUGCGCACCCGCCUGGGCCCUUGUACGUGGAUUGAGGCAGGUUCGGAUUCAAGCAUAGUGGCAAUGGUACGGAGAGCCAUCGGGCAUACACCAGAUCUGCCGGACAGUUUCUUUCCGGUGCAGUUGAACAAAACAGAUUCCCUGGAGCAGUUGGUCGACACAACACUGGGGCUAUCGAACUGUGGCCAGCAGGUUCAGUUUUGGAACUUCCAUAGAAGUCAGGCGUCGGACUAUGGAUUCUUGCGCUUACCGUCCUACCAGUUUGAGAAAUCCAGACACUGGUUGGAGUUGAUCACCACUCCCCUGAAAGAUGAAGAUAGCAAAAUCGGGACGGGCGUUGUCGCUCCGAUACAGCCAACAGUAGAGCCUGCCGUCCUUUUGCGACUGGUGCGGUCGGAUUCUCAGGGUCACAGAUUCAGCAUCAAUCCCACAAGUGAUGAGUACCAGGCAAUGGUCAAAGGGCAUGUCGUACUAGGCACCCCUCAAUGUCCUCCUGUCAUGUACCUGGAAAUGGUGACCAGGGCUCUGCAUGUGAUUGGAAAGCCCACUCCACACAGCUUGCUUUCCUUGACUGACUUCAACAAUGGAACGCCUUUGGGCAUCGAGACGACUCGCGAUAUUGACCUCCAUGUUGAAGCUCAUCUUGACGGCAGUUGGAGCUUCAAGCUCACCAGCAAGUUGGCCUCGGCAAGUCAAUCUGGCCAAACAGACCCAGAAUUUCAUGCCUCGGGUUCACUUUCGCUAGAAGACAACGUCAAAAGCGUCCAGGACGAGUUUGCACGAUAUGAGAGACUGAUCGGGCACAAGAAGAUCAGCACUAUCUGGGGCGACGACGGAAGCGAACGCAUACAAGGCACCAUGGUGUAUAAGGUCUUCGCUGAGCUUGUGCAGUACGCCGGAUGCUAUCGCGGACUCAGAGGCAUGGCAGCCAAGGCUGGAAUGGUUGCUGGUAGGGUUUCUAUGCCGUGUCAAGUCUCCGGGCCCACGAACAAAUCCAGUGUCCAUGCCCAUAUCUUGGACAGCUUCUUCCAGAUCCCUAUGUUGCACUCAAACUAUGUGAUGGACUGUGUCAAAAGCGAGAUCUUCCGGCUUGAGAAGGUUGGUCGUCUUCAAUGGGGCCUUGGGUUCGUGUCUCAUGACAAUGGACCUCCUCCAGAAUCGACCUGGGACGUGCUCGCCUUCAGCUCGACUGAGGGUGAGGAUGUGGUAUACGACAUGUACAUCUUCAAUGCCGCCACUGGGACUCUGGUGAUGCUGGUUCUAGGCGUCGUGCUCAUCAAGGGUCCGUCCAGCUCGGUUGCCAAUGUUCUUUCGCGAGAUUCCAGAACUUCCACCGAUGUGUUCAGUAUGGGACAAACAGCUGAGAACUCUGACAGAAAAGCAGAAUUCACUCAUAGGACAACGAGAGCUAAAGUCAGUCCAUCGGAUGGCGACAGCUCCAGCACGACGUCCACCAGCCCUGGAGGAUCAUCAAAAGCAUCUCCAGCCACCAGUGUGAUGACAACACCAUCGACGACGCCAUCGGCGGCUCGUAUCAUGGAGCAAUUGUCCAGGUUGGUUGCAGAACAUCUCGAGAUUGAGGGGCAGGUCUCGAUGGACACCAACCUCGUGGAUCACGGGCUCGACUCUUUGCUCUCCAUCGAACUAGGAAGCGAUAUUAUGAAGCUUUUCUCAGUUGAACUGGACAUGGAAAAGAUCCAUUACGACUUCACAUUCGGGGACCUCCUCAAAAUGGUUUUGAAUGAUGGCGAGACCCCGGAAGAUUUUUCAGGUAAGGCGGGAGCACCUUCAGUCGCAGAGCCGAAACAGCAGACUCUCGCGUCAUCCACAAUAUCAAGUGCUCGAGUAGCGCAGGACGAGGACGGACUACUCAAAGACGCGCACCAGAUCUUCGAGGGCAUUCGCUUCGAUUUCGACAAAUACGCUGGCGAAACCGGCUUCAAGGACUUUUGGACAAAGGUGUAUCCUAUGCAAGCGAAUUUGGUCGUAUGCUAUGUCGUGGAAGCGUUCCGUAAGUUGGGCUGCAACUUGACCAGUCUGAAGACUGGCCAAAGAUUGCCAACGAUCAAGAUUUUGCCAAAGCACAGUCAUUUGCUGGAGCAGUUGCAUAACAUAUUGGUCGAUGAAGGCCUGAUCGAGCAUCGCAGCGACUCGACAUAUGCAAGAACAGCGAGACCAUUAGACCCGAGGCCAGCUGCGGAGCUAUUCAAGGAAAUGCUGCUGCUGCAUCCGGCCCAUGCUUCAGAGACGAAGCUUCUCAAUGUGACAGGUUCCUGUCUCGCGGAGUGCAUGACGGGUCAAGUCGAUCCACUCCCACUCCUCUUCGCCAAUAGAUCCCACCGGGAAAUAGUGGCUGAUGUUUACGACCAAGCACCGAUGUGCCAGGCAUCAACCCGCCUCCUGGCAGACUUCUUGGGGAAAAUAUUCGCGAAUCAGCACGGCGUCUUCCGCAUCCUUGAGGUCGGUGCUGGCACUGGUGGGACUGCCAGAUAUCUCGUCGACUUUUUGGCGGCUAAGGGCAUCGACUUUGAGUAUACCUUCACCGAUAUCUCGCCUUCACUGGUUGCCGCAGCAAGGAAGAAGUUUGCCGGAAAGAAGCAAAUGAGAUUUUUUGUUCUGGACUGUGACCGUCCCGCCACAGCCGAACUUCACGACCAAUUUCACGUGGUAAUCGCCACCAACUGUAUCCAUGCGACGCCGAAUGCUGGGACCGCCGCGGCAAACAUUGCGCCGAUGCUUCGCGAUACGGGUAUUUUCUGCCUUGUCGAAUUCACUAGAGGGUUGUAUUGGUUCGAUCUUGUGUAUGGCCUCUUGGAGGGCUGGUGGCUUUUCAGCGAUGGCCGCCGCCAUGCUCUGGGAGAUCAAUGGUUCUGGAAUAAAAGUUUCAAAGCUGGUGGUUACAAGCAUGUGUCCUGGACAGAUGGCAUCACCAACGAAGCCCAGACCAUGCGCCUCAUCGCCGCCUUCAAGCACCAGGCCCCAGACAGUAUCCCCAGGCCAUUGGCAGGCAACCUAACGAAAAGAGCGGGAAUACCGACAGAGACCUUCACCUGGAAGCACGUGGGGAAGCUUUCACUUCAGGCCGACGUGUAUUAUCCGAAGACUGCCGACGAACCAGGAAAGAAGAGACCCAUAGCCCUCAUGAUCCACGGUGGGGGACAUUUCCUUUAUGGCCGCAGAGACAUUCCCAUGAAGCAUGUCCGGGUACUCAUUCAGCGAGGAUUCCUCCCUGUCAGCGUCGACUACCGGCUGUGCCCGGAAACAACUCUGCUACAGGGCCCGGUGGCAGACUGUUGUGAAGCACUGUGCUGGGCUCGACGAACCUUGCCAUUUCUGGAGCUGGGCGGGCCUGCCGUCACCAUCGACCCUGGCAAGUUGAUUGCUCUGGGCUGGUCCAGUGGUGGGCAUCUGGCCAUGACACUGGGUUACACCGCAGCGAGUCGGGGAGUCAAGCCUCCCGAAGUGAUUCUGCCAUUCUAUUCUCCCACAGAUUUGGAGUCGGACCAUUGGGACAAGCCCAUCUACCCAAAGGCGGCUGAAGAGGAGCCAACCGAUGUGUGGGAUUUUCUUGAUGGCGUGUGUGACGAGCCGAUCCUCGACUAUACGCCCGUCACCAGCAAGAAAACCGCGUCCCUGUCUCUCACGCUGCAAGACGAUCGAGCCAGGAUCAUCCUGCACCUGAACUGGAAGGCACAGACGCUGCCAGUCAUGUUCCACGGCUUGCCGAGCAAGAACAAGGUGGUCGAGGGCAACACGACAGACUGGAAGGCUCUACCCAAGCCAGCUGUUGAGCAACUCAGAGCCGCCAGCCCUUACUGGCAGAUCCUCCAAGGCGCCUAUUGCACACCCACAUUUAUGGUGCAUGGCAACCACGACGACUGGGUGCCCUGGCAAAUGAGCCAGCGCACAAUCGAGGCUUUAAAGUCUAAAGGGGUUGAGGCUGACAUUGAGAUUGCCGACCGAUGCGGUCACGCUUUUGACUUAUUCACGGUAGAGGAUCCCUUGGGAACCGGUUGGGCAGCUGUUGAACACGCGUAUGAUUUCGCUUGUCGCGUGCUGAGUCCUGGAGAGGGCACGGCGAAUGGAACAGUGGCCACAUAG